GACAUACUGGCGAAUUUAUUUUGUUUAGAGCAAGCCAUGGCUGACGAUGAGCAUCAUCUCCAAGAGUCUCCCGUUGAAUCGGUGUUGGAGAAUUUAGUGGAAAAGAUCCACCGCCAUGACUCUUCGUCGUCGUCGUCAUCGGACUCCGAUGAUGACAAGAAAUCACCUCUAUCACCGUCCAUGAAGAACAAGGUUUUUCGUCUCUUUGGGAGAGAGAAGCCUGUUUACAAGGUUCUCGGUGGUGGCAAACCGGCGGAUGUUCUUUUGUGGAGGAACAAGAAGAUAUCGGGUGGAAUACUUGGUACCGCAACUGCAGUAUGGAUUCUGUUUGAAUUGAUGGAAUACCACCUUCUCGCGCUUGUCUGCCACUUCCUGAUAGUGGCACUUGCUGUGCUUUUCUUGUGGUCUAAUGCUACCAUGUUCAUCAACAAGUCUCCUCCUCGCAUCCCGGAAUUUUAUAUCCCUGAGGAGCCAGUUGUGCAAGUGGCCUCUGCACUUACGAUUGAGAUUAACAGGGCUUUUUCCAUUCUGAGGGAAAUCGCCUCUGGAAGGGACCUGAAGAAGUUCCUAUCUGUAAUUGCUGGCUUGUGGGUUUUGUCUAUUGUGGGUAGCUGGUGCAAUUUCUUGACCUUGUUCUACAUAGCUUUUGUACUGCUUCACACUGUGCCUGUGAUGUAUGAAAAGUAUGAGGAUCAGGUGGACGCAUUUUCCGAGAAGGCAUGGAUUGAAAUCAAGAAGCAAUAUGCUGUCUUUGAUGCCAAGGUCUUAAGUAAGUUUCCUAGGGGGCCAUUGAAGGAUAAGAAGGUUUAAAAUGGCUUAAGUUAUGGUCGUCUGUAGGUUCUGACAUACAUUUUAUCUAGGUGUUAUUAUGAAACUUUUAUCCAGUUUUGAAUGCAACCCAGUUUCCAUCAAUUAUUGUUUCAGGGCAGUUGGGUUAACAAUAUGGAUGAAAUGGUUGUUCUAUUUAUACUUGUUUUUGCCAUAUAUGGUAUAGCUUUUUCCUUGGAUAGGCUUCGAGUGAUGUGGUGAUGCUAUUGCUAUUAUGUUGGCUAUCUAUAAAUGCAUUGUACAUUAUGUUCCAA